AGGGCAGCGGAUGUAGCAGCAGUCUUUUCCAGCAGAACCCAGCCAUGUAGCUGAGGAGAAGGUUUCUGCUGCUGACUCUGAAACAACAUGUCCUCUCAUCCUCCUGUGUCUCUGUGAGCUCGCCCACAGCAAGCAUGUGUCUGUGAGGGGGAACCGGAGCCGAGCACCGGAGCUACACGGCGGGGGAGUCGACACACAGACCGACGCCUGAUACCUGCCCUCGCUGGAGAUUUGGAAGGGGACGCUCGGGUGGGCUCCUCCACUUAUUAACCGAAGCCUGACGUUUUAUCUCCCCCUGUGUUUUUUGAAAAUAAUGACUCCAUCUUGGAGCACGGAUCUGGGUAGGUAACGCUCGCGGACACCGGGCAGCUCGUCGUCCGCAGCAGCUCCGUGUGUUACCGCGUUACCGCCCCGUUUUUUACGCUCUCGAUAGCGGCGCUAGAGGCGCAGCCACCCCGGGGGCUUGAAGACAACACUGCCGGGUGAGGAGGAGCACAGCCGCCGCCGCCAUGGGGAACACCACCUCCUGCUGCGUGUCGUCCAGCCCCAAACACCGGAGGAACAACCACUCCAGGCUGGAGUCGUACCGGCCGGAGCCCGAGCUGAGCCGCGAGGACACGGGCUGCAACCUCCAGCACAUCAGCGACCGGGAGAACAACGAUGAUCUGCCAAUGGAGUAUAAUCCCUCAGAUCAUCCCCGGGCCAGUACCAUCUUCCUCAGCAAGUCACAAACUGAUGUUGCUGUGGCCAACAAAAGAGUCCGAGAAAAACGGAAGAGCCUUUACAUCAACCACUUCACACACAUUUCGGAGAGCAAGCAUAACCAAGGACCUGUGAGACGAAAGUACAGCUCGUGUUCCACCAUAUUCCUGGACGAGAGCACCGUCAGUCAACCCAACCUCAAAAACACCAUCAAAUGUGUAUCCCUUGCAAUAUACUACCACAUAAAGAACAGAGAAGCCGACGGAAGAAUGGUGUUGGACAUUUUCGACGAGAGACUGCAUCCGCUCUCGAAGUCUGAGAUUCCUGCCGAUUAUGAAAAGCACGACCCGGAGCAGAAGCAGAUCUACCGCUUCGUCAGGACGCUGUUCAGCGCCGCACAGCUCACCGCUGAGUGUGCCAUCGUCACACUGGUGUACCUGGAGAGGCUCCUGACCUACGCUGAGAUCGACAUUGGUCCUGCCAACUGGAAGCGCAUCGUGUUGGGAGCCAUCCUCCUGGCAUCCAAGGUGUGGGAUGAUCAGGCCGUGUGGAACGUAGACUACUGCCAAAUUCUCAAGGAUAUCACUGUGGAGGACAUGAAUGAGCUGGAGCGUCAGUUCCUGGAGCUGCUGCAGUUCAACAUCAACGUGCCGUCCAGCGUCUACGCCAAGUACUACUUCGACCUCCGCUCGCUCGCUGAGGCCAACAACCUCAGUUGCCCCCUGGAGCCCCUCAGUAGGGAAAAGGCCCAGAAACUGGAGGCCAUCGCACGUUUAUGUGACGACAUAUACAAGAACUUAAGGAAACACGCCAAGAAGCGGUCAGUGAGCGCUGACAACCUUGUGGUGGUGCGGUGGUGUCCGGCCAUCGUUUCUUAACACUGGCUGCCGGCAGCGUGCGGCGGAGGAGCACAUAGACCUGCCACACGUACUCUGAUCUCAGCCUGGUCAGCAGGCAAACCAGGUGGGCAGCAGUCCUGUGGACCAGUGUCUUGAGUACACACACACACACACUUACACACACACACACACACACUUUUACAAAGGUGAUUGCACCCUCCCUGGGUCAUUGUACAUAAAACAAGUCCCACUGGCUGCCUGCACUGAACCAAACAGAGCUGAGCUGAACCAAACUGAAGUGUGUGUGUGUGACUGAGAGCCGUUGCAGUGAAGACCUGGACUGCAGAAAAGAAGAGGCGGCCAAAUGGAAACAUAGAGUGUGUGAAGCUGGUAGAAGAAAAAAUAGGAACAAAGUGUAAAGUGGCAGCGGCAGCAGCGUUUCAUAGUUCUCUUUGAGGCUCAACUGUUUUAUACGGUUGAUUGACACGGUCCAUGAACAUUCCUUUAUUUUUAAUAUUUCGCCUCAGUCUGUUUCUUGAUGGCUUUCAGGCACAUCUAAAACUUUAAAUUCCCAUUUCCUCACUUUUGCUGUUCUUUAUCUGUUUAUUCACGUUUCUGUCCAGAAACUCAAACACACACACUGGAGGGAUGUGUACAUUCCACUGGUAACUUUAGUGUACAGUUAAUAAAUUCCCGGACUGCGUAUAGUCAGCCCUCCUCGACGUGAUGUCUCAUUUACAUCGUAGCCAUUCAACCGAAGGGUGGAUGCAAGUCAGUGUUUAGCUCAAGGGCGCUGCGGCAGGACCCAGGAAUUCAACAGUGUACCGAUCCAGUUGCAGAGCGGUUCAUCACGACCGCCAUUCAGAUUCAGCUUAAAGCAAUAUCCAUGCAGCACAUGUACUUGGGAGAAGACAGACUGGAAGACGGGGGGGACCACUGCUCUGAGACAUGCUGUUGUACUUUCUUCACUGCCAUUGUCCCAACCUGUGGUGCCUGUAAUAAGCUAGUUUAACACUCCCCCCCCCUUUUCAAGUGGAGGAAAUAAAGAACAAAUAACUGAAGUAUUUUUAUUUCUUUAACAUUUUGUACGGUUCUUCCAGCUAACGAACAAACAGCACAAACGGAACAUCGACAUUUAGAAGCCACUUAACGCAUGAUUCUUCAGGGUUGUUUUUCUGGAUGUUCUUCUGGAGAGGACCGACAUGAAGGGAAUUGCUUCCAGUGACAAUUCUGACAAACUUACAAAAAGAUAUAUUGUAAAAAAUAAAGAUCUAAAUUGUUUCUGUACAGUGUAAAUACAGCUCUAGUGUGCAAAUCUGUAGACUGAAGUCGUACUGUUAAAACAACACAGAACCCUUCCCCGAAUAAUGAUGUUAGAAUAUUUAUAUUGGAGCUGUUUUCAAUGUACAUGAUGGGGACGGUAAAUAUGAUUAAAGUAAUUAUUAACAUUUAAAUGGGACACACCACUGAAGAUUUUUCUGUCUUGUUUUCUUGUUCUGAUGUGUUCACACUGCAGGAAAUGCCAUUUGAUGUAUCACAUUCUUCAUACGGUAUAGAUAGAUGUACUGUAUUGAUCCCAAAUAGGGAAAUUAUUGAAGUAAAAGUAUAGAGAUAAUGCAAGUCAACUGAGGCACAUCAUUUGUCGUCAUUUUUUAAUAAGGUUCUUAGCCCCAAUCGGUGUAAACAUCGGCAGAUUCAUGAUAAAAGUAAAUAAUACCUGUUUUGUAUGGAGUCCUGAGUUUGACUUAAUGUAUCAGGUUUCCAGAUUGAUCAAAAAUGUCAAUAUUGUUAGUUAAAUAAAAAAGAUGAAGCUGACAUAUUAAGCUUUUAUUCUUCAUCUUAUCAGGUUAAGGGGUUAAAUUAAAAAAAAGGUUUUGUAAGAACCUUUCAAGCAAGAGUUAAUAUGUUUUACAUUUAUUUUACCAGCUGACUAGUUGUGAAGUAAAAAAGAAACAAUGACUUUUCUUUUACCCACUGAUUGGAGGUUUAAGGACAAGUUUCAACAAAGUUUAACUCCACAUUUGAAUGAUUUGAUAAUAUUACCAGCUGAUGGGUUCGUGAUAACUUGCUUGAUAACCUUCUAGAGCAGUUGGUCAGUUUUGGGGCUCCACAGUUCUUAUUUACUGGAAAUAACAAAUCCUGACCUUUUUGCUUUUUUCUUGAUAUUCUUCAUUCUUUAAUUGGUUAAUUUCAUUUGAGUAUUUUGAGGAUAUGUUUUGAUCAAUGGGUCAAGUAGUGUCUUUUAAUACAUAAACCUUACAAUAGUGGUUGUUUGCCUUAUGGUCAUCUGGACUCACAUUAUUCUUCACUACAUCACUGUAUGAUUAAAAACAUCAGUACUAACCUGGAAAUGUCUAAAAAAAACAAACACAUUUUAUAAGAAACUAAAAAGAUCAGGAAAAGGUCUCAUUCAGAACAGCGUAGGCUCCUUCAAGCCUCUGGGUUAUUUUGUGCAUUUCAUCAGCAACUUCCACGUCUGUGAUUUAAGUCAGUUCAUCUUUUAGAGUCAGUCGGUCGGGUGUGUGAGAUCUCCACAACUGACCAGCUGCCUCGAGAAGGGACAGCUCUCUGUGGACCGUCCUGUUCCAUGCUUUGCUCUGAACCACUUGCACAGAAAUAAAAGUACUCGAAGUGGGGAGUAAAAAGUACAGAAUACACGUCUUUAGUAAGGUAACGUCGCUGGAGUUGCCGUUGUGAGAUCAAACUGUGAGAGGUGUUUGAAGAUUGUAUAUCCUAUUUAUUGUUUGUAAGUGUGUGUGUGUGUGUGUGCAUACGCAUACAGCCCAGUGAAGCGUUGAUGCCAUGUGGUCAACUGUUUCGAGUCCUGAGAUGGAGAAUCCCCCCCCCGUGGCAUCCUGUCUGAUGGUUACUAGGUGUGCGUGUGUGUCAUAGCCUCGUGCACUGAACUCUACCUCUGCAUAGGGUUUUACUUCUCUCUCAGUUUUCCUUCCUCUCUUCAGUGACAAGUUUGGGAUUUUUACAAAGUCAGCUUUGAUCCUGACGGUUUCCUGUGCUGAAGUCGGUCAGCUGCUGUAGCUGUGACCUGUUUUGUUUGUUUGUUUUCAUGGAUAUUUUUCAUCGAGUUGUACUGUAUUCUGUCGUUACCGUCAGUGGAGUUCUUCCCUUUUAGUGAGUCGGUUAUUUGUUCCUGUUCUCAGUUUGCCAAACUCAGAUCCCUCUCUUUCUCUGUGUUCUUUCUUCUUCUUCUUUGUAGGUUUUUUUCUCUCUUAUGAUUUAAAGAACUGCUCCCAAUUCUUCUUCUCUUCUGAAGCAAUGUUUAGAGAAUCCUGCAAGAAUUAAACUUUACAGCCUUGAAAUAAAA